AUGUUUGUCACGUGACUGUAUGCAGGCCUUGUUUUGCUUCUGCGCUGCGGUUCUCCCGUCUAGGAAUAAGGGAAAGAGAGCCACGGCGCAGCCGCAGGAAAAAGAUAACCUUAUGAAAUGGUGAAAUUAAUUUGUACUUUAGCAGAUCACAGUGAUGAUGUCAACUACUGUGCCUUCUCCUCUUCCUUCUUGGCUACGUGUUCCUUGGACAAAACUAUCCGUCUGUAUUCUUUAAGUAAUUUUGAAGAGCUUCCUUACUCGCCAUUAAAAGGCCACACUUAUGCUGUCCACUGCUGCUGCUUUUCUCCUUCAGGACACAUUUUAGCUUCUUGUUCUACAGACGGCAACACAGUUCUAUGGAAUACUCAAAAUGGACUGAAACUAGCAGUUCUUGAGCAUCCCUGUAGGAACCCUGUAAGAAUUUGUAGAUUUUCCCCAGAUUCCAUGUACUUGGUUUCAGGAGCAGCUGAUGGCAGUGUAAUUCUAUGGAAUGUUCAGUCUUUGAAAGUGCACCGAUCUGGCAGUGUUAAAGAUGGUUCUUUAGUAGCCUGUGCAUUUGCUCCUAAUGGAAACUUCUUUGUGACAGGAUCAUCAUGUGGAGAUUUAACUGUUUGGGAUGACAAAAUGAGGUGCUUGUAUAAUGAGAAAGCUCAUGAUCUUGGAGUCACCUGCUGUGACUUUUCUUCACAGCUUGUUUCAGGUGAUAAACAAGAAUUCCAGAUGGCCUCUUCUGGUCAGGAUAAUAUCAUUAAGAUAUGGCUUGUUUCAUCUGCUGAUCCCAUAGGCAUUGAAUUAAAAUGUAAAUGUACAUUAAGUGGACAUACUGCUCCAGUUCUGGCUUGUGCUUUUUCCUCUGAUGGACAAACAGUAGUUUCUGGAUCUGUGGACAAAACUGUUGUUAUUUUUGAAGCUAACACAGGGAACAUCCUACACACUUUGACUCAGCAUACCAGGUAUGUUACAACUUGCGCCUUUGCACCCGAUAUUCCAUUAUUUGCUACAGGUUCUAUGGAUAAAUGUGUGAACGUCUGGCAGUUUGAACCAAAACAAUUUUAUACUGGAACUACAUUAAGAGAGAGUCCAAACAAGUCCAUUGAGAACUGGUCAGAAGAAGAUGUUUCAAUUUGGCUAUGUAAACAUGGUUUAAAAGACCUAGUUGAGAUUUUCAAAAAGAAUAACAUUGAUGGUAAAGAACUGCUGAGUCUUACAAAAGAGAGUUUAGCUGAUGACUUAAAAAUUGAAUCUCUAGGCCUUCGCAGUAAAGUGUUGCGGAAUAUUGAAGAACUGCAGAUUGAGAUGCAAUCUACCUGCGAGGCUGUGCCUGAUGAAUUCCUGUGUCCGAUAACAAAGGAACUUAUGAAAGAACCAGUCAUUGCUGCAGAUGGCUACUCUUACGAGAAGGAGGCAAUGGAAAACUGGAUCAUUAAUAAAAGGCGCUCCAGCCCCAUGACAAAUCUCCCUCUUCAGAGACUUGGACUUACCCCAAACAGAACUUUGAAAAUGGCCAUCAAUCGCUGGUUAGAAUCACAGCCAACACACAGUCCAAAACCACUGUCUUAAAUAAUUUGAAUAUUCUUUCAAAUUCAAGGAAAUGAAGCUGGAGAUGGGUAAUUUAGAUUGUGUAUUGGUGCAGGUACCUGUCUUGUCUAUAAAUGCAUAUUGCAGUUAAACUCCUUUACACUUAAAUGUGAACAAUUGGGGGGAAAUUGAAAAUUUCUGUAGACUCUUAUUAAAGUAAACUGAAUAAUCAUAAGAAAUGUUCACUCAAAAAAUAAAGCUGUUGACAAAGGAAUCUUUUACAACUAA